AAAAAGUGUCGUCUGCAUUUUGUUUUGGUGUCGCGCACGAAAAUUGUUUCGCGAUAGCGAGUGGAUUUUGAAAGUGAAAAUUCGGUGGAAAACAUGGAAAAUGGUUGGGAUGUGACGGUGGCAAAGAUUGUGCGAAAGUACAAUCUGACGGAGGUGGUCAAGCAGUACUCCGGCGAGAUCGAUACCAUUCGGAAGUUGGAUGCCAUUCCGGAUAUUCGAAAACUCUGCCGGUCAUGGAUCAAAAAGCUGCCCGCCGUUCGUGGCAACGACGAGGAAAAGUCCCACCUCUACCGGGAAAAUGGGAACGAAAUUUUCCGCAGCCGCAAAAGUCCACACGUGGCCCUAGAAGCGUACAGCAAGGCCAUCUUUGCAGCGCCACGAGGAUCACCAGCGUUGGCUUUGGCGCAUGCCAACCGAGCAAUCGUGCUAAUGAGUCUGAAGCGGCACCGGGAGGCAUACGAGGAUUGCCAGCUAGCGUUGGACGGUGCCUAUCCGGCAGAAAACCGACUCAGGGUGCUGUUCCGACAGGCGGAAUGUGCACUACAAAUGCGGGACCGAGAGGGACUGGAGCGAGCUCUCGAGGGUAUUGAGAAAUUUUCCGAGGAGCAGGAUUUGGCUAGUUUUGAGGAGGAAAGAUAUAAAAGGUUGCAACAGUUAGCUGAAAUGAUAGCCCUGUCAGAGAUACCACCAGAAUCUGACGAUGGACUGCUGAGCUUUCCGGAGCUUGAAGAAAAGUCGGAUACUGUCCAUGGAAGAUUUAUAGUGACGAAAAAUGAAAUCAAAGCUGAUGAACCAAUAGUUCAGGAAAAGGCGGUUUCCUUUGUGCCAGUUUACGAUCCGAGGGGUCAUUCGGAGAUACCUCCAUUUGAUUGUCAAUUCUGUGGUGAAGUUAACAUCAUCCCAUUUCCCUGUCCAUCGUGUGGUCGAGCUUGCUACUGUAGUGUCGCUUGUUGUAAGGAACACAGCGAACUUCAUCGCUACGAAUGUCCGGGGUAUGAAAAACAUUUGUGGUAUCUUAUUGGCAUUGCACAUCUGGGAAUGCGAAGCUUCUUGGACGGAUUCGCAUCAAGUACACACAAUCUGGAAGAAUUGAAAGAAUGUAAUGCAGAAAAGAUGUUCCAAUAUGUCUCCGACAAAGCUGAGAUGCAGUAUAAAGCGUACCCUUAUGGAAAAGUCUUUCGACUAGUGGCUAACCUUGACAAAAUGUUGCUGAGCGAUAUGGUUCAGUAUGCAUUGACUGCCUACAUGCUGACGAUCUACUUGAGUGACUUCACCCAAUUCUUCAACGAACUAGGAGAUAGACCAGCGGUUAUGCCGAAGGAAGAUUGGUUUUUGUACAGCUCUGCGGUGAUUCUGCGCCAUAUUGGUCAACUGGUUUGCAACGGACAUGCAAUCAGUGAGCUUCGCGUGUGUACUGCGUCGGAGAACAACUGUUUAGAGGCAGACAGCUUUAAUAUUAAAGCCGGUUUCCUACAUCGAUGUUUCGAGAGCACUCGUGUGUUCACCGGAAUUUUCCCUCAAAUCAGCAUGUUCAACCAUUCCUGUGAUCCAAACAUUCGCAAUUGUUUUAGUAAGAGUACACUGACGGUUUAUGCGACGCGAGAUGUAGAAGCUGGAGGCGAGAUUUUCAAUUGUUAUGGGCCAAACUUCAAGUUAAUGUCGAGGGAGGAUCGACAAUCAGCAUUAAAACAACAAUACUGCUUUGACUGCGAUUGCAUUAGAUGUUCGUCCAAAAAAGAUGAAGAUUAUGAAAUGUACGAACGCUACAAAUGUCCCUUCGCCAAAUGUUCAAAACAGUUCAUUGUAGCGCAAAAUGUUGAUCCGUUUGAAAAGGAUAUCAAAUGCCCUAUGUGCAAACGAAUCAUCGAUUGUUCGUGCUUUCAAAUAAUUGCAAGCGGGAUGUCGAGUGAAGGCGAAGCUUCCUAUGAAGACUUCGAAGAAGCUCUGAAAGCUUACAACAAGUGCAAGUUGAUUUUGUCGCAAUAUCAUGAAACAAAAAUCACUUUGGCCCAUAUGAUUUUCAUUCAAUACCUGCCCUUCUCCGGCUUGGACGAGCGAUGCCUGAAUGCGUUGAAGAAAUUGGCCUACGAGUUUGUUCAAAUUCGAGAGCACCGUUUCGGAAUGAUGAGUCCAGAGUACGUCGUGGCUUGCUUCUACUUGCUGGAUUUGCUUGUCAUCGAAUCGAAGUGCGAAGGAGAUUUCCACGUAGAUCUCGAAUCAGCUACGAUCGUCGAUAAAUUUAAAAAAGCCAUCGACAUUUUUGGUCAUGGGACUAGAACAAGAGUAAUGCAGUACGUCAAAGCGCAUUUAGGCUAGAAUUGAUUCGGUGUUCCAAGUCGGCAAAAGUUCAAUGAUUCUAUCGUACUUUAGUACUUUAUAUUUGGUGCGCAUAAGCUUGAAUAGUUUAAUUAUUACAUUUAAAGGAUACUCCAAUACUCAAACUUUACCAUGUUUGAAAACAACAACAGUUAAUUAUCUCUUUCUAGAGGAGACUUGUUGAAAAGUAAGAUCAUAGGAAAAGUAGUGAUAGUUACUUAUUUUAUGUUCCCAAAAGCUUUUCCCAUGUCGAGAAAAAAUAAAGCGUGAACAUGUGGAAAAAAAACAAAGAAAAGACACAUAA